AUGGUCCUGAUUCUCAAGCUUCUGGAGUUGGCCAGAAAAGCCAGUAGCAGCAGCGCCGGGUCUGGAGGGGAGGUGCUCCAGCGGUGUUGUUUCUGGAGCAGCGGCAGUUCUCACUACAGCGCCAGGACGAGUCCGGUUCGUGUUCGUCCGCGGAGAUCUCUCUCAUCUCACUCGGCUGCGGGAAAUCGGGCUGAAGCGACUGAGUCCGCGAUGGAGUGGAAAACUGUUCCUUUGGAGAGGAAAAAGAGAGAAAAGGAACAAUUCCGUAAACUCUUUAUUGGUGGCUUGAGCUUUGAAACUACAGAAGAAAGUUUGAGGAACUACUACGAGCAAUGGGGAAAACUUACAGAUUGUGUGGUAAUGAGGGAUCCUGCAAGCAAAAGAUCAAGAGGAUUUGGUUUUGUGACUUUUUCUUCCAUGGCUGAAGUUGACGCUGCCAUAGCUGCAAGACCUCAUUCAAUUGAUGGGAGAGUGGUUGAGCCAAAACGUGCUGUUGCAAGAGAGGAAUCUGGAAAGCCAGGGGCUCAUAUAACUGUGAAGAAGCUGUUUGUUGGUGGAAUUAAGGAAGAUACUGAGGAACAUCAUCUUAGAGAUUACUUUGAGGAAUAUGGAAAAAUUGAUACCAUUGAGAUAAUUACUGACAGGCAGUCUGGAAAGAAAAGAGGCUUUGGAUGUGUUACUUUUGAUGACCAUGAUCCUGUGGAUAAGAUUGUGUUGCAAAAAUACCAUACUAUCAAUGGUCAUAAUGCAGAAGUAAGAAAGGCUUUGUCUAGACAAGAAAUGCAAGAAGUCCAAAGUUCUAGAAGUGGAAGAGGAGGCAACUUUGGUUUUGGAGAUUCUCGUGGUGGCGGUGGAAAUUUUGGACCAGGACCAGGAAGUAACUUUAGAGGAGGAUCUGAUGGAUAUGGAAGUGGCCGUGGAUUUGGGGAUGGCUAUAAUGGGUAUGGAGGAGGACCUGGAGGAAAUUACGGGAGUGGAAAUUACAAUGAUUUUGGAAAUUAUAACCAACAACCUUCUAACUAUGGUCCAAUGAAAAGUGGAAAUUUUGGUGGUAGCAGGAACAUGGGGGGACCAUAUGGUGGAGGAAACUAUGGUCCAGGAGGCAGUGGAGGAAGUGGGGGUUAUGGAGGGAGAAGCAGAUACUGAGCUUCUUCCUAUUUACCAUGGCAUUGAUAUGAACCAUGGACAAGUAUAUUCUGCUGCCACAAAGACUGUAAAGUGCUUCAUUUCAACAGCUGAGGCAAGCCAAGUGAUCAUUAAUAAAGCUUUUCUUGGUUCCUUCAGUGGUGUUGGUAGUAAAAUGGAAGGUGUCUUGCUGCAGGUAACUAAUGAAGAAGUGGUCAACCACAGAGUCUUCAAGAAAUAAGAAAUUCUGUACCAUCUGAAAGUAGUUCUUGUUGGUGCCUUCAUUUUAAAAAAGCACUCUUUUAAGAUUAAAGGGAAAUGUUUUCUGAUAAAACAGACUUCAUUUAGUUAUAGGGUCUUAAUAUAAAACAAUUACAAAUUGAGUAUUGUUUGUAAAAGAGUAAACAUCAAGUCAGCUAGAGAGAUAAAUGUUAUCAUGUUUUGAAUUAGGU